AAAUACCCUCGUCAAUGACAGUCACAGAAGUUCGUCAUCUCUGCCUGUGGAUGCAGAUUACAACAAUUACACUCUAGUCGUGUUAAUCAUUUCCUGCCUCUGCAAUUAGAAACUCUAAUGGAAGCCCUAAUUUCCAAAAAAUUUACACUCAACACCCGUAAUAUUCUCUUAUCACCAUUUCUUCCUCGACUCAAAUCCAAAUCAUUUCCUUCCAAACAACGUUUAUUUCUUCAAUUUUUCAAUCACAGACGGAAUUUGAAUUCAAGAAAACCUAAUUUUUGCUCAAUUUCCAACCCCCCUGCUUCAAUUUCCUCCAACUAUGGUGGAUGGGAUGAUCUUAAGCUUAUUGAAUAUCCAAGUCAAUCUGGUAGGUUGAAGAAUUUUCUUGUUUCCGUAGGAAUUGAUGAUAGUAAGCAUGUUCUCAUGUUUAUUAUAGGUUUGAUUUCAGCUUUAGCAAUUUCAAGGGUUAAGGUUUCUACAAUUUUAGUGUUUCCAGCUUCAGUUUUGGUUUUUGCAAUUGGAUUUUCAUUUGGGUUUAUUCGUGGAGGUGGUGUUGGUUUUACAAUUAAGGAAUUGCGUAGUAGAUUUGGUGUUGGUAAUAACAAAGGAAUUAAAGAAGAGAAUCCUCCUAGGUUUUAUGCUGAGAAAUUGAGGAAUUCAGUAGAAUUUUUUAAUGAGUUGAAUGAUAGGAUAGCUAAUCUGGAAAAGGAAAUGAAAGGAGCUAUGAAUUCUAAUUUUGUACAAGUGGGUGAAUUAGAGAGUUACCAUAAUAUACUGAAAAACAUAAGCUUGGACAUUGUGAGAGAGAAAAAUGUAAUGGAAGCAUCGACAAAUGAUAUAGGUAAACCUGAUUGUGUGAGUGAGUCUGUUAGAGAAUCAGUUGAUAGUGGAGAAGUUGAGAAAAAAUUGAAUCAGAAGCUGUCGAGUAAGAGAAAAAGGGAUGUAGGCGGAACUUUUUUGAAUAUUUUUCAGUUCUUUGGUGGCAUGUUUCAAGUGAAUUCCGUUGAUUCUAAAGCUAACAUAUCAAAAAAUAUCAGUAAAAGAGAAGGGAUGGAGCAGCUGAAUUCAAAUAUGGUGAAUGAUCAAAUUCAUGAAAGUAAAAUAGCUGAUGGAAUUGGAGAUGAUGAUGAUAGUUUAAAUCGAGUGUCCAUGAAUAGCGUAGGAAACAUGAAAAUAGGUACUUCUGUACACGAGGACUCUAGAAACCCAGGUUAUGAUCAGCUUGGAGAUGAAAUAUUAGGCGGUGAUUCUAGAAAUGUGGAAGAACCACGAAUGGGCAAUGAGAAAUGUGUAGAGCCAAUGAGAGAUAUUAGGAAACUACUUGAAAACGAGGAGUAUUAUAAUCAGAGCAAUACACCCAAGUUCAUGAACAAGAUGGGAUAUGGGUCCAGAAAGAAAGUGCAGGCACCUAUAGAGAGUUUCCGUGAUCAAUUGGAUGUUGGGUUCAAUGUCAGACCGGGGAAGGUUGAGGCCAGGGCAUCUGAUAUGGAAGAUAAAACUUACUUGGAAGAAGAAAAAAAGUUCACAAGGUCCAAUGCUGCUGACACAAGCAACAAAAAUAACGUUGAGAAUGAGAUGCACAGGUUUGAUUUGAGAGAAACACCGGAGAAUUUGGAAAAUGGUUUCGAAUUAGGGAACCGUCAAUCUAGAUGCAAUAUGGAAGAGGGUUCUGCGCCAUCUUCAACAUCUGCAAUGAUAUCAGAAGAUGUAGAGUUUGACCGACAUCUGAUGGAUGCUACUAACCUCCUCAAACAAGCUAGGGAAUGCUUAAAGGGUAAAGUUGAUGAAGAAAGGGCUGAGGUUCUACUGUACAAGUCGGCUAGAUUACUCUCGAAAGCCUUAUCUACGAAACCCAUGAGCUUACUAGCUGUGGGUCAAUUAGGGAACACUUUCCUUCUUCAUGGUGAGCUCAAAUUAAAGAUUAGUCGUGAGCUGAGAACUCUCCUAUCAACAGGUGAUUCCUUCUCUAGGGAGAAAAUGUAUAGGGUAGAACCCGAGGGACAUGAUAAUCAAGUCAUGAGCCGGGAUAAGAUUACCUCUACUCUAAUUGAUGUGUGUGAAGAGUGUGAAGAACUCCUUGUUGAAGCAGGGAGAAAGUACAAGAUGGCCUUAUCCAUCGACGGGAAUGAUGUGAGGGCACUUUAUAACUGGGGUCUCGCUCUCUCUUAUCGUGCUCAGUUGAUUUCAGAUAUCGGGCCGGAAGCGGCUUAUGAUGCUGACAAGGUGUAUCUGGCCGCAAUCGAUAAAUUUGAUGCUAUGAUAUCCAAGAGCAAUGCAUAUGCGUCUGAUGCUCUGUUCCGAUGGGGUAUGGUAUUGCGCCAAAGAUCUCAACUUCGGCCAAGAUAUAGCAAGGAAAAGCUAAAGCUGUUGCACCAGGCAAGAAGACUCUUUGAAGAUGCUCUCUCUAUGGACUCUGAUAAUCGUCAAGUAAAAGAAGCAUUAUCAUCUUGUAUAUCUGAUCUCAGCUUUAGAAACUUAUAAGCCAUUUGAACCCACAAACGGGUUAAGCUAGUCAAAGAAAUGUUGAAGUUGCUACAUUAAGUUGCUGCAUUAAAAGUGAAAGGUAACUCCAUUUCUAGCUUGUUUAACCUCUCAAAACAACAAAUAAACAUAGAGACAGUGAUAUACGGAAGAAUCUCAGAUGCAUGUUUAAUAAAACAAGUGUGAGUUGACAUGCAUAAAUGUUGUAAUAGCAGAAAUCAAAAUGUGCCAGGUAAAGUAUGUCUUGUUGAAAAA